AUGGUUGGAUUGCGAUCAAUGAACCGGGCUAUGAAAUGCAUGCUCUUCUCUCUCCGCACCAAACCGGUCCAACUUCUGCAUGCUGGCUCCCCGGUUCCCAUCCACAACGAACUUGUUGAUGAAGAGAUCUGUCCAGACUAUAACUCCAAAUAUUUCUACCCAUCUAAACCUGGGGAGAUACUUGCCGAUGAGUACCAGUUACUGGUGAAGGUCGGUUGGGGAACUCGUUCUACGGUAUGGCUAGCGCGAGAUAUUACAAGGUAUAAAUGGCAGUCUGAACGGUCGGUAACGCUGAAAAUAAUAAACAACUGCAAUUCUGCCGAAGCUCGCCACGAACGCGAUAUCGAGGAACAUAUUGCACAGCAAAACCCAUCACACCGCGGCCAUGCGAUCAUACGUACCUGUUUGGAAAGCUUUGAGGUGGCUGGCCCGGAAGGAAACCACCUAUGUCUUGUGUACGAACCAAUGCGGGAGCCGCUUUGGAUCCUUCAGCGACGAUUCGUGGGCCAGAGAUUACCUCUCCCGAUCGCGAAAGCAUAUAUUUUUUUUCUUCUUGUUGGCCUUGACUAUCUGCACACGGAAUGCGGAGUUGUCCAUACUGGCAAGUAA